AUGCGAAUCGCGGAGACGACUCGCGGAGAAGACGUCGCGACUCGCGGGGGACUCGCGGGCGACUCGCGGCUCGCGACGCGCGGUCAAAGUCGCGAGUCGCGGCAGUCAAUUUUAAGUAACGCGACUAGGGCAAAAUCGAUUUCACUUUUCACUCUCACUUUCACGCCGAUUUUCUCCCGAUGGCUCACUUUCCACCGGCGAUUGCGAGCGUCAACCUCCGACGACGACCCGCAAUCUCCGAGCUCUGACCUCCAGCCAGCCGUGACGACGAACCCAACUGAGCCACGUCCUGUUUUCGGCGACCCGAGUUGUAUCCGGCGAAUCUUUCAAUUCUUCAACCAUUCUCUGUUCCCAGGAUUCCGCCCGCAAGAGCUCGCGAGUCGCGGUGAACAACAGAGCCCUCCGGCAUACAAGAAUCUCAGGGUCGCGACUCGCGGGAAUUUUCCCGCGAGUCGCGGUGAACAACAGAGCCCUCCGGCAUACAGGAUUCCCAGGGUCGCGACUCGCGGGAAUUUUCCGCGAGUCGCGGUGAACAACAGAGCCCUCAGGCAUACAGGAUUCCCAGGGUCGCGACUCGCGGAAUUUUUCCGCGAGUCGCGGUGA